AUGGCGGGAUGUGCCUUGAAUCAACUACCCAUUGCUACUGUAAACUUGAUAGGCAGUGGCCAAGUUAUCGUAAGCGUCUACAGCGUUAUUAAAGAGCUAGUAGAAAAUUCUGUGGACUCGGGUGCAACUUCUCUGGAUAUAAAAAUUGAAAACUAUGGCUUGGAUAAAGUAGAAGUCUGCGACAACGGUAGUGGUAUUAAAGUUUCUGAUGUUCCAUAUGUUGCAAAAAGACACUACACCUCCAAGCUAACAAGUACAGAGGAUCUGAUGUCUUUGACAACAUAUGGUUUUCGUGGUGAAGCACUAGCUUCACUGUGUGCUGUAUCUGAUGUAACAAUUACCACAAAAACUAAAGACGAUGAUAUCAGCUACACUUACUCCAUUGAUCAUGAAGGGAAUAUAUCGGAUAAAAAACCCUGCCAUCUUGGAAAAGGCACCACUGUUACAGCUUACAGAUUAUUUCAUAACCUCCCUGUUAGAAAACAGUACUACGCCACAUCACAGCAUAAAAGAGAAGAUGUGAAAAAAAUAGAGGAUCUAUUAAUUGCAUUUGGUAUAAUCAAACCUCAGCUGAGAAUAACAUUUCGACACAAUAAAGACCUGUUGUUGCAGAAGUUGCCUCUAAAUCAAACCAAAGCUGUUAUUUCAGCUGUAUUUGGCAGGGAGAUUGCCGGACAACUGCUGUACCAAGAGAAAGAUAUUGAAAUAGAUGGACUGUCUGGUAAAAUAUCAGCCUAUGUGCCCAAACCUGGAUCUGAUGUUAAGAUCAUGUCACGGUCUACUGGAGAUAGAACUAUUUUAGUGGUUAAUGAUCGUCCUGUGCAAAUAAAGGAGCUCCUUAAAGUGGUUAAGCAUUAUUACAACAACUGCCACCCUUGUGAAACAGUUCGUUAUCCUGUGUGUUAUAUAAACCUAACAUUACCUGGCUCAAAUGUGGAUGUUAACAUUGAUCCUAACAAGACAACUGUACUGUUACACUCCCUGAAAGAAAUACAAAACUCUUUAGAGGAAUUACUUCUGAAGGUGUAUGGACCACUAGACAAUGUUCCACCUUGGCAUUAUAGUGAGAAAGACGUAUCUAAUGGUGCAAGUGAUAAAGAUGAUACCCAGAAAAUGGCUAAAACUGAUGCCUCACUUGACAGUUUAGAUACCAGUAUAGAAGACACAGCUAAUUAUAUGUCAGCUGCAAGUGCAGCAGAAAAGCUGUUUGAUCAAGAUAAAGAGUUCAGUUUUCAAACAGCCCGGGAAACAGCAGGGAGUGUUGUUGAAAUUUCAAACAACGCUAUACCCACCUUCAGUGUAACAUUUCACAACCAGCCAGAGCAGAGCCAUCAAUCCAACUUCACUGCUCAAAAAAAUGUUGAGCAUUGCCAAGUAGAUUCUGUGAAUCUGAUUUCCGAUGAUUCUUGGACCAGCACUGUUGAGAAAUGCUUGGAAACUACACAGUGUUUACAUUUAGAGCCCGAUAAAAAUGUGUGCAGUACAAAGCAAACUGAAGAAAAAGUUCCAGAAUUUGUAAACAGGAACUCUGAAAAUGGAAAGGAUGGAACAGAAAUUCAAGGUGCAAAGACAGACUCAACCUGUGAGCUGAGCGUAAUGGAGAACAGUUUAUCAACCUCAAGUAUCACAAGUGACUGGAGUAGAGGAAGUAUGUUUGUUGACACUCUGGGUCAGCCAGUACAGCCUGUGCAACUUUUAGCUCCUUCAUCCAAACAUCAUCCUGGGAAACAUCAGCUGCUGCAAGAAGAUAACAGCUUAGAAACUUCAGCAAAACGCAAGAAGCUUUCUUUGGAACAUAUUGAUGCUAACCAGUCAACAUUAGAUGCAAUGUUCAGCAGAUCUGAAGGGAUACCUGGAUAUAAACAGUUCUGUGUUGAGAAUAGUCAAAAAAUUUUAGAACAAGGUGCUAGUGAGAAUCCAGGGGAUGAGGACAUUUUGUUGAAGAAGGAAUGGGACAAAUUAAAUGAAGUUGAAAAAUCUAAGUACAGAGAGACAGAAAGGGAAAAAGCUAAAAGACUUGAUAGUGCACCCUCUGCAAUUAAACCAAAACUAUCAAAAACCUCAAAGCUAAGUGCCCGUGAUCAAGUUGCUGUGUUGGCAUCACAGAGCCAGGAAAACAAACCAAAGCGCAAAUUGAAAAAAAAGCAUUACUGUGCUGAGCGCAGAAUUAAUUUUGCCAUGCAUAAUUUGAGAGCAGCUGUUGAGAGAAAUGAUGCUCAAUCUGAAAGGAUUGUCUCCCUGCUUCCAUCAGUCAUUGGACAAACUAAAACCUGUGAUGUUUGGUUCUCCUGUUUCAAAAAUAAUCUUCACAUCGUCAAUAUACACAGACUCAGUGAAGUUCUUUUGUAUCAGAAACUGAAACAGACGUUUAGACUUGAGGCUAAUCCCUGCACAUCACCCAUUGCUCUUGAUUCUAGCAGGUUCAGUGAAUCGACUUGGUCCACUCUCAAACUUUUAGCCCUGUCAAGUAGAACAGGCAACACAUUUUUUUCUAUCACUGAUGAGCGACUGACUGCCAAUGGUUUUAGUGUCAAGUGUCACUUUGAUUUGCAAAACAAAUUAAGUGCAGAAUUAGUAGGAUUGUCUAAUAUAAUUCCUGCUUACUGUGUGUCUGACCUUAUUGAGGUUUUAGAAUUGAUAAACAGAGAUUUUAAAGUCACACUUGAAACUACUCGACCCACUAAAGUGCUUUAUUUCCUACAGGGAGAGGCUGUUAGAAUGAUGCAGCAGAAUGUGAGUGGAAAAACUAAGCUUGAUGUGCAGGAAAUGGUUGAACAGUUACCAGAUACCACAGCAUUGUGUCUGCACCACAGGCCUAUAUUCCAUCAUCUCUUUGAUCUGUCUCUUCUAGAGGAUGAUGAAACUGAAACUCUUUAAAACCAUUGGGUGAUAGAGUUAUAUCUAGAACAAUUGUUGACUGAUAGCAUUAUUUCAUGAUCAUUAUUUUUUGUAACACUUUGCAAAUUUACUAUUUUCAUAAUAAAAUGU